CCGCGUUGUUUUUCUGUCAUCAGUCAUCAAAUCAGCUGUGUAUCACACACAGGGAACAUGUACAUAAUAAAUGUGCGUAUUAAAUUAAUAGUGUGAAAAUGUCCACUGAUAAAAAAACUCGAUGUUUAUGAUAAAUUCAUUGUCAAAGAGCAAUGGCACAGCGGAGCGGCAGCGGGAUAACUAGCCUGGGGUUUAACCAGGACCAAGGCUGCUUCACUUGCUGCCUCACAUCAGGCCUGCGCGUCUACAAUGUGGAACCGCUCGUGGAGAAAGCACACUACAGCAAAGAAGAGCUCGGCGAGGUGUCCCUCUGCGAGAUGGUGUUUCGCACCAACUGGCUCCUAGUGGUCAAGGCGAGGCGGCCAUGCGCGCUCCUGUUGCUGGACGACCAGCAGAGGGCAUUCCGAGCCGAGGUGCUAUUCAAGUCGCCAAUACGGGCGAUACGAGCGCGGCGAGAUAAAGUGGCAGUAGUGUUGUCAUCAAGCAUACAAGUGCUGUCUCUGCCGUCGCUGCAGCGAGUGGCGCUAGUGCGGACGCCAGCUGGCUCGCGGCCCUUGUGCGCAUUAGCCACCGAGCCGGGGGCAGCGUUGCUGGCCGCGCCUGCGCCGAGGAAAGGCUCAGCGCAGUUGCUGGAUGUGUCCCGGGCGGUAAAAGGUGCCCAAUCGAGCUCCCCAGCGGUCCUAGGGUGCCACCAGAGCGAGCUAGUAUGCCUAGGUCUAUCGGCAAACGGCGCGAAGCUAGCAACGGCGUCGGCGAGGGGAACCAUCAUACGGCUGUGGGAUACCGCGUCGAAGCAAAUGCUGCACGAACUGAGGCGGGGCUCUGACUAUGCUAAUGUGUACUGUAUAAAGUUCAACCCGGGCGGCACGCUGGUGUGCUGCGUGUCGGACACGGGCACGUUGCAUGUGUGGGCGGCGCGCGGCGGCUACGCGCAUGUGGCGGCCGCCCCGGCCGCGCCCAACACCAGGGCGUUAUGCGCCUUCGCGGGAGACGACCAGGCUGUCGUGAUAUGUGAGGAUGGCACGUUUCACAAGUUUACUUUCUCGGCUGAGGGCAGCUGCCAUCGAAGCGAGUUCGAGUACUUCAUGCAAGUGGGCGAUGAUGACGAAUUCCUGCAAUGAUACAGCUCACAUCUACAAUUUUUUUGGCAAAAACUGUUUAUAAAGACAAAGUGA